AGAUAUGAUUUCUUGUUUUUUUUUUUAGUUCUUAUUUUCUUUAAGAAUUAUUUAUUUAUUUGAAAGAGCUGCAGAGAGAGGUAGAAAACGUGAGUCUUCCAUCUGCGGUUUCCCUCCCCAGAUGACUGCAACAGCCAGGGCUGGGCUGAUCAGGAGCCAGGAGCUUCCUCUGGGUUCCCUACGUGGAUGCAGGGGCCCAAGGACUUGGGCCAUCUUCUACUGUUUUCCCAGGCUAUAGUGGAGAGCUUGAUUGGAAGAGGAGCAGCUGGGUCUCCAACCUGCACUCAUAUGGAAUGCUGGCACAGCAGGCAGUAGCUUUGCCUACUAUACCACAGCGUUGACCCCUCUUAUUUAUCUUUUAUUGAGCGUCUCUAAAGGAGAUGUAUUACCAAUCCCAAAAACAAAAUUUACUCAAAACUGAAACUUUGGCAUUUUGUCUUGAGCAUUAGAAUCUUAGGGUUUAAAACUUUUCUCAUCUUCCAUUUAGUUACCUUCAUUGAUGGACCAAGCCCUUUAUUCUUUGGCUUUUGUUUCUGUUCCCAAACUUUGUCCAGUUCUAAUACCAGUAUUUGUAUUUUGUCAAUCUUUGUUUUCCAUCACUUCUUUCCUUAUACUAAAUACUUGAUUCUCAAGUGCUUACCUGACAGUGGUUGUUCACUUUUCUUUAAAAAAAAAAAAUAUAUAUAUAUAUAUAUUUAUUUACUUGAAAGGCAGAGUUACAGAGAAAGAGCGAGCGAACAAGAGAGAGAGAGCAGGAGAGACAGAGAAAGAUCUACUGGUUAACUGAUAUUAAAUCUGCUGGUUAACCCCUCAAAUGUCUGCAGUGGCCAGGACUGGCCAGGCUGAGGCUGGGAGCUAGGAACUCCAUCUGUGUCUCCCAUGUGGGGGCAGGGGCCUAAGCAUUUGGGUCGUCUUGUCCUGCCUUCCUAGGCACAUUAGCAGGGAGCUGGAUUGGAAGUGUAGCAUCUAGGACUCCAACUAGUGCUCAUAUGGGAUGCUGAUGUUGCAGGCGAUGACUUAACCCACUAUGCAACAACACUGGCCCAAUAACAGUGUUGUUGUUUUUCUUUUUAAAAAGAUUUUAUUUAUUUAUUUAUUUGAGAGGUAGAGCCACAGAGAGGAGAGAUAGAGAGAAAGGUCUUCCAUCUGUUGGUUCACUCCUCAAACGGCCGCAGUGGCUGGUGCUGGGCUGAUCCGAAGCCAGGAGCCAGGAACUUUUUCUGGGUUUCCCACGUGGGUGCAGGGGCCCAAGCACUUGGGCCAUCUUCCACUGGUUUCCCAGGCCAUAGCAGAGAGCUGGAUCAGAAGUGGAGCAGCUGGGACACGAACUGGUGCUGAAAGUGGAGACUUAGCCUACCACACCACAGUGUUGGCUCCAACAGUGGUUUUUGGGUUUGUCCAUCAGUGCCUUACUGUGGUGCCAGCAACUAACAUUUUUAAACCAUUAACAGACCAAAUGCUUCAAACUUCUUGUACUUGCAUUAUACCCCUCACAUAACUCUUUGAAGCUCUCAGCAAAGAGUACUUUCCUAUUCUCUCUGUUCAGAUCAGAGUUUUUGAAGUUUUACAUAGAGAAAGAGAAAACAUGUUUAAUGCAGAAACUUGAAGUCAGAGUGACCAAAAUAUGACAAGGCACAAAAUGCAUAGUAUUGGCGUUCCAUCUUGUGUAGCUUUGCUUCAGAAUUAGUUCCAGCAUCUAGCCCUGGGGCAUUCAUCACUUUCUCCUCUUCUGCAUCUAGUCCUUCACCAAAUUUAAUAAGGAAGUUUCCAUAGAGAUCCAGAGUUUUGCUAGUGUAGGAAGGCCCAACUUCAGACAUGUGGCUAUAGAACGCAGCAGUGCUGCCUGAUUGCCCUAGAAUGGUUUCCAGGAUCUGCCUCAGAUGCACUUGGUUCUGGUGGAGUGGGGAUGUAUUAUGUGUGGAUGCAUGUGUGGGUUAGGCUAAUGAUGGGAUAUUUUAAGGAAGAUGUUGGGAACGAUUAUAAUAGAAAUGGAGAGAGGCAUGUUGUAAGUGAUAACUAUGAUAGUUUGACAUAGAUAAAUGACUUCAGAAGAUGGGGGUUGGAUACUUGAAAAUCUAGGCUGGUGUGGAGUUUUUCUUAUAAAAAGGAGAAGAGCCAAUAUCUAAGAGAUUAGAAUGACUGGGCAAUUAUGUUCUGCAGGGUCCAAUAUAUAUGUUUUUGUCAAUUAGAACACAGUUGUAUGUGUCGGUAGAGUGGCAGAGAGAUUGCAUCCAUCUGAUUAGGUUGUAUAAUUAGUCCUUAGGGGAAAAGCCCUGGUAGUUAGGGGUAUUCAAAUGAAUUGUUAGAGAAUAUUUGGAAAGAUUGUUGUCAAGUUAUUGGAGGCAUGUAUAAGAAAUGGAUUUUUCAGCGACUGGUGGCCUCUCUGGAAUAGUUUCACAAAAUUUGAGGGCACUUUGGGGGCAGAUUUGUUUGUUAAAGUGGGAAGGGUUAGCUUUUAGGGAAUAAGGACACAGACAGAAAUGCAGUGUUUGAGAUUUUGUAUGAAUUGAUGUGGUUAGAGCUGAUGAAAAUUCUAGAGGUUAGUUGCAGAGAUUUGGAAUAGCUGAGUGAGAGGUGCUAUGGAAGGGAUUUACGAAGCUUGUUACUAUUAGAAAAAUAAACUUAAAAAAAGUGGAAUGGAAUGAUGGCCUUGGGAAGACUUUUGGGGGAAAUACAGCUCUUAUGUGAAUAGCAAACAAUGGAAAAGUUAAAAUGCAUCAGGUGAGGAGAAGGCAGAGGAAGGAUUAAGGCAGAGGUUACUGAAAGGCCUUUAAUUGAUAAGGCUGUGUGAUAUUAAGGGGCUGCAUUCUGGGGUGUUAUGCUGGCUACUGCUUUUCAUUACUGGCUCGGUAGGGAAAGGAGCUUAAACAGACCGUGGUUUGUAAGGGAGUGAAUUUUUACCUAGGGUAAUUAAGUGUAAUUGUUUUAUUUAAGAAACCCAGGAAGUGGGGAGCCCGCAUAUGUUCCUUGGGCUUUUGGAGCCGAGGCCGAUGGGAGCAGCCGCACUGGCAGCAUUUCUCUGAUGGGUCCGCUCCCAGCCGGUGCAGCUGCGUGGAAAGCCCCCACUGGCGCGAAGCCCCGCGGCGCCCCGGGCCUCCCAGUCCGGUCCAUGCGCACGCUCGGGCCCCUCGGGGGCGCUCCGCUAACGGAGCAGGCCCUGGGGCGCGCGCGCGGCGCGGGUCGGGGGAGGGGCUGGGGCCGAGCUGCCCAGCCGACCCGGCACGCGGCUCCCACGGCUUCCUUUUGUUGUGUGUGUGUGGCUGGGAGUGUGGACGCGCGCGUGCUUGCACCCGAGCGCCGGGAGGCGGCGGAGCGCGCACCGGCCGGGGCUUUUCCUGCCGCGGUGGCUGGCGCGGUGGGGCCCCUGCGGCGGCCCUGCCUCCCUGACACCGCGUCUUCCGGGUCGGGCCCGCUGGCGCAGCCUGUGGGCCGCUUACCUCCAUGAGAUGGGGAACUUCGAUAGACGGCCGAAUUAGCAGUUUGGAAAUUUAGACAAGUGAUCUGGCGGGAUGGGCAUCUGCCUGGCGGAUUUAAUAGAGGAAUUGGAUGGCGUAAGUGAUUAGAGUGGAAGUGGUAUUGCGGGUUUCUGAUACGUAUGAAAGGUAGAAACUCAACCAUGAUUUCUGUUUCAACUCUACAGCAUUCCCUUCCUUGAAGUCUUCAUUUUUACCAUAGACUCAGGCAGUUAUACUUAAGCAUGAACAUUGACGACAAACUGGAAGGAUUGUUUCUUAAAUGUGGCGGCAUAGACGAAAUGCAGUCUUCCAGGGCAAUGGUUGUAAUGGGUGGAGUGUCUGGCCAGUCUGCUGUGUCUGGAGAACUGCAGGAGUCAGUACUUCAAGAUCGAAGUAUGCCUCACCAGGAAAUCCUUGCUGCCGAUGAAGUGUUACAAGAAAGUGAAAUGAGACAGCAGGAUAUGAUAUCACACGAUGAACUCAUGGUCCAUGAGGAGACAGUGAAAAAUGAUGAAGAGCAGAUGGAAACACACGAAAGACUUCCUCAAGGACUACAGUAUGCACUUAAUGUCCCUAUAAGUGUAAAGCAGGAAAUUACUUUUACUGAUGUAUCUGAGCAACUGAUGAGAGACAAAAAACAAAUCAGAGAGCCAGUAGACUUACAGAAAAAGAAGAAGCGGAAACAACGUUCUCCUGCAAAAAUCCUUACAAUAAAUGAGGAUGGAUCACUUGGUUUGAAAACCCCUAAAUCUCACGUUUGUGAGCACUGCAAUGCUGCCUUUAGAACGAACUAUCACUUACAGAGACAUGUCUUCAUUCAUACAGGCGAAAAACCAUUUCAAUGUAGUCAAUGUGACAUGCGUUUCAUACAGAAGUACCUGCUGCAGAGACAUGAGAAGAUUCAUACUGGUGAGAAACCAUUUCGCUGUGAUGAGUGUGGUAUGAGAUUCAUACAAAAAUAUCAUAUGGAAAGGCAUAAGAGAACUCAUAGUGGAGAAAAACCUUACCAGUGUGAAUACUGUUUACAGUAUUUUUCCAGAACAGAUCGUGUGUUGAAACAUAAACGUAUGUGCCAUGAAAAUCAUGACAAAAAACUAAACAGAUGUGCCAUCAAAGGUGGCCUUCUGACAUCUGAGGAAGAUUCUGGCUUUUCCACAUCACCAAAAGACAACUCACUGCCAAAAAAGAAAAGGCAGAAAACUGAGAAGAAAUCAUCUGGAAUGGACAAAGAGAGUGCUUUGGACAAAUCUGACCUGAAGAAAGACAAAAAUGAUUAUUUGCCUCUUUACUCUUCAAGUACUAAAGUCAAAGAUGAAUAUAUGGUAGCAGAAUAUGCUGUUGAAAUGCCACAUUCUUCAGUUGGUGGAUCACAUUUGGAAGAUGCAUCAGGAGAAAUACACCCACCUAAGCUGGUUCUCAAGAAAAUUAAUAGUAAGAGAAGUCUGAAACAGCCACUGGAGCAAAAUCAGACAAUUUCACCUUUAUCUACAUAUGAAGAGAGCAAAGUUUCAAAGUAUGCUUUUGAGCUUGUGGAUAAGCAAGCUUUGCUGGACUCGGAAGGCAAUGCUGACAUGGAUCAGGUUGACACUUUGCAGGAGGGGCCCAGUAAGCCUGUGCAUAGUAGUACUAACUACGAUGACGCCAUGCAGUUUCUGAAGAAGAAGCGGUAUCUGCAAGCAGCAAGUAACAACAGCAGGGAGUAUGCGCUGAACGUGGGUACCAUAGCUUCUCAGCCUUCUGUAACACAAGCAGCUGUGGCGAGUGUCAUUGACGAAAGUACCACAGCGUCCAUAUUGGAUUCACAGGCCCUGAAUGUGGAGAUUAAGAGUAAUCAUGACAAAAAUGUUAUUCCAGAUGAGGUACUACAGACUCUGUUGGAUCAUUAUUCCCAUAAAGCUAAUGGACAGCAUGAGAUAUCAUUUAGUGUUGCGGACACUGAAGUGACUUCUAGCAUAUCAAUAAAUUCUUCAGAAGUACCUGAGGUCACCCCAUCAGAGAGUGUUGGAUCAAGCUCCCAAGCAUCCUCAUCAGAUAAAGCCAACAUGUUGCAGGAAUACUCAAAGUUUCUGCAGCAGGCUUUGGACAGAACUAGCCAAAAUGAUGCCUAUUUGAAUAGCCCGAGCCUUAACUUUGUGACUGAUAACCAGACCCUUCCAAAUCAGCCAGCAUUCUCUUCCAUAGACAAGCAAGUCUAUGCAGCCAUGCCCAUCAAUAGCUUUCGAUCAGGAAUGAAUUCUCCACUAAGAACAACUCCAGAUAAGUCCCAUUUUGGACUAAUAGUUGGUGAUUCACAGCACUCAUUUCCCUUUUCAGGUGAUGAGACAAACCAUGCCUCUGCCACAUCAACACAGGACUUUUUGGAUCAAGUGACUUCUCAGAAGAAAGCGGAGGCUCAGCCUGUCCACCAAGCUUACCAAAUGAGCUCCUUUGAACAGCCCUUCCGUGCUCCAUAUCAUGGAUCCAGAGCUGGAAUAGCUACUCAAUUUAGCACUGCCAAUGGACAGGUGAACCUGCGGGGACCAGGGACAAGUGCUGAAUUUUCAGAAUUUCCCUUGGUGAAUGUAAACGAUAAUAGAGCUGGGAUGACAUCUUCACCUGAUGCCACAACUGGCCAGACUUUUGGCUAAAAAAAUAUGUAAAUAUUACUGGCACUUUAGAACAGAUUAAUUAAGAGAGUGGGGUUACUCUGUGUAAAAUGGAGUGCUGUACAGAUUUAAGAGCAACGCGUUAUAACAAGUUAAGCUGAUAUGAAUAGCAAGAUAAUCCAAUUACUGCAUUUUGUUUGGUUAGUCAGCAUUCUUUGAACUGCCUUACAUGUUGUCACCUUUAUAGAAGCAAUGCAUUACUUGUUUUAGAUCAGAAACUUGCUAUUCCACCUACACCAAGUUAAAAAGGAAAAAAAAAAAAAGACUUUCGCACAAUUGUUUCCUAACUUGAUAACAUUGUACAUUCUUAGGAGAUUAGUAAUUGUGUGAAAUUUACUCAUACUGUUUCUAAGUUUUUCAGCAUAGUCAUUGCACUUCAGCAGGGAAUCUGAGUAUACUUUAUAGACAGAGUGAACUUAAAAAGUUUAAAUGUCAAGAGAUUAUGGCUUAAAUAAAUUAGUGUGUCCUUUGGGGAAGAAAGAAACCAAGAAACCACCUUUUAAAAAGAAUGAUAUGCCAUAUACCCUUGGUUUUCAUUUUGCAUUAUAUUGACAUGUGUUUUUUUGAAGAAAAAAAGUAAUAAAAAUCUGAUAGUCUAAGACUCCACUAUUUAAAAGCCUAAUUACUUUUAAAAUAUGCAUACUUUCAAAACUUUUACCAAAAUACACAACUGUUGAAGCAUUCACUUCUCUAUGGAAGUAUGCAUAUUGGUGUCAGUUUCUUUGUACAGUUGUACCUAGAUAUUUUUUAUGAUUUUUCAUGUGCAGGUAUCAAGGUUUUGAAGUUUUAGUAAAAAAAAAAUAAAUAAAUACUCUGUAGAUGACAUUCCCAAGAACAUAAUGCUUACAUAAAAUGUAUAUUCCACGUUUUAAAGCUUAAUUGUAUUUUACUUUACAUAUACACUUCAGUUAACAUAGAGCACUUAGAAUCUAUUUGGUAUUUUUGAUUUCUCAAAGUGAAAAAAAUUAGAUUUUUAGGUUUGAUAUGAUUGUGUCAUAAUCAUCUCAUAAUUGACAAUUUUAAUUUUUGGCAAUAAAAAGAAAUUGGGAUAUCUUUGGAACUGUAAAACCUGGUUUAAUCCUUCUCUUUCUAGAAUCUUAAUAGAUUGGAUAAUUAAGCAGUAUCCAGAGAAACUAAAGAAAUGGGCAUUUUAAUUGCUUAUUUUAUCUUGAGUUACUUUUUAAUGAACACUGCUCAUUACAAUUUUACAAACCAAAAGUGUUUACUAAUUCCAGUAACUAAUAUUUCUUUUUCAGCUAGAUAAGUGAUCGGAAUUUUUUUGUUGCAUUUCAAAAUCUAAAUAAACUACAGACUUUAUCCUUA